UUUCACUUCCUGUGAGCUUGAAUAAAAGCUCAGAGGGAGCUCAGUGUACUUCACUCACUUUCCAAUUUCAAGGAAACCAUCAGAAGAGAUAACAAGCAAAAUAGGUUACGCCAGCGUAAAGGACGUUGAAACUGAAGGGGUUUCCAAGCGAACAUCUGAUCAGGACAAUCUUGGAUAUUCAAGUAUGCCGUCAUAUCAGACCUUGGCACAGCAUGAUAGUGGAAGAAUGGAAAAAUACAAGCCUAUGAUCAAGAGAGUGGGAGGUAGAUAUCAAAUUGAGCCAUCUCUCAUCGCUGCCAUCAUCUCCAGGGAGUCCGCGGCUGGAUAUACAUUAAAGAAUGGCUGGGGAGACGAUGGUAAAGCCUGGGGACUGAUGCAGGUUGAUGUGACUCCAAAUGGAGGCAAUCACACUCCACGUGGUGAUUGGGACAGUGAGGAGCACCUCAACCAAGCCACGGAAAUAUUGGUUUAUUUUAUCGGUCGGAUCAGUACGAAAUUUCCUACCUGGAGCAGAGCGCAAAAUCUGAGAGGUUGGUUUCACUGGAUCAGAAAUUCUCGUCACAAUUUUCUGCUGUGUUUCUCAUUUGUGUUUGUCUUUACAGGAGGGAUCGCCGCCUACAAUAUGGGUGAUGGAAAUGUCCAUUCCUAUGAUGGUGUGGAUGCCAACACGCAUGGUGGAGACUACUCCAAAGAUGUUCUUGCCAGAGCUCAGUGGUAUAAAAACAAUGGCUAUUAAACACUGAAGCUGCCAACUAAUAGAAAUUCUAUUUACUUGCAUCGUGUUAUUAAAAUCCAAAUGUGAUGAAAACUGCUUUACAAGAAAUACUGUAGGUUUAUUACAGAGAUGUUACAGGGGUCACAAACAUUCAUAUUUCAUAGUUUUCUUACUCCUAAAAGACUAUUAAAGAAAAUUCUAUUCAUGAUGCCAAAACUAGAAUUACAAUUGUUUGAUGGAGGAGGAAAUAAAGAAGAAGAGAAACCGUGAUUACAUUUUCAUUGAUUUUGAAUAUCAUAUAAACUCCAUUUAAGAUGAUUCAAAAUAAUGGUUUAAAAGCUAUUUAUUACAUUAAAAUCUGAAUGAAAAAGCAUGUUGCACAUCAAGUUAAAUCCUGAACAUAUGUAAUGUACCUGCACACUUAAAAAUAAAGCAUUAUAAUCAUA